AGCAGCAGCAGUCACGCGAUGUUUUCAUUAGCGAGAACAAACAUGGCGGAUGAUGGAGAGUCUUUAGAGUCCUGGCUCAAUAAAGCCACCAGCCCUUCCAACAGGCAUGAAGACUGGGAGUAUAUUAUGGGAUUCUGUGAUCAAAUCAAUAAGGAGCUAGAAGGUCCACAAAUCUCUGUCAGGCUUCUGGCACACAAGAUUCAGUCCCCUCAAGAGUGGGAGGCGAUGCAAGCUUUAACGGUUCUUGAGGCUUGUUUAAAGAACUGCGGGCAAAGGUUUCACAAUGAAGUUGGGAAGUUUAAAUUUUUGAAUGAGCUGAUAAAAUUAGUUUCACCUAAGUACCUUGGAGAUAGAACGUCAGAAAAAGUGAAGACCAGAGUGAUAGAGAUGCUGUUUUCCUGGACGAUAUCUCUGCCUGAAGAGACGAAGAUCCGGGAGGCAUAUCAGAUGCUGAAGUUACAGGGUAUUGUUUUAAUCGAUCCAGAAAUCUCAGCUGAUCCCACACUGAAACCACCAUCUUCUCCCCGGUGCAAGAAUCCCGUGUUUGAUGACGAGAAAAAAAGCCUGCAAUUAGCAGAACUCCUAAAGAGCAAGAAGCCAGAAGAUCUCCAGGAGGCGAACCGUCUCAUUAAGAACAUGGUCAUGGAGGAUGAAGUGAGAACACGGAAAGCAGCGCAGCUGAGGAACACAUUGGAAGCUGCGAACAACAGCGUCAAACUCCUUAAUGAGAUGCUGGCUCACUUCAACCUGGAAGAGUCCACUGAUGAAGAUAAGGAGCUCAUUAAGGAGUUGUACAACGAUUGUGACAAACUUCAGAAGAAGGUGUUCCAGCUCGCUACCGAGAGUGAAGAUAAUGACAGCCACUUAGGAGAAAUUCUGCAGGCCAGUGAUGACCUCUCCCAUGUCAUGAAUUCAUAUAAGACGAUCGUGGAAGGACACAAGAUUAAUGGGGAGUCCGAAGGGGUACAGGGCAAGCAAACAUCUGUCAAACAAGAGAGUGCAAGCACCAAUCAGUCCGAGGUUCUGAUCGAUCUGGAGGACUUUGACACGGAGAGAGCCUCUCCUUCUAAGCAGGAACCUUCAUCUUCCACUUCUCUGACCGACAUCCUCAGUGGAUCAAUAACGGCUCAUUCCUGUAGCCUCAGUGCACCUUCUGCUGCUCCAUCCUGGCUGGAUGAAGAGCUGCUUUCUUUAGAAGUCAGUGAACCGAGCCCUGUACUGAGAGACUCAGCCCACAGAAACCAGGGCAGACAUUUGCCGUCUUCACAGGGUUUUGGUCCAGAUUUGGGUCUUUUUGACACCAGUUUGGCUUCAGCUGCAACACUAUCUGACUUUCCAGCUGAGCUCUCUUCAUCUACUUCUGCUUGUCGUGUGACCAAAACCACAGCUGCCUCCUCUGCAAGCAUUCCUGGCCUCCUCUUUCCCACCCUUCCGGCUUUCUCAUCAUCUGAAUUAAGAGCAUCCACACUCCAAGAACCUCCGUGUUCGGCUCCGACCGCCUCAGAAGCAGCAGCUGCCCCUCUGUCUCUCAACGUGACCUUCCCUGCUCCUCCGGCUGCCCCAUCGCAGCUCUCUGCUUUAUCUGGAGGUGUCCACCUGCCAUCUCCUCCCCUCAGUCCCACCUUACAAGACCUCCCCAUGUUGGAUCUGUCUGCCUCUGAAAAUCGAGGUGGCACCAUUGUUUCAUCAGCCUCGUCCAUCACAGCAGCGAUACAAAGAUGCUCGGCUCCUUUGAGCACAAAGACGGCGGCAGAUGACAGCCCUCCGUUACGCUCCCUGUCGCCGGUUCUCCCCAUGACUGCGAUUCCUGCAGCUACGGGAGAAGAGGCGUCCCUGACCAGUUUGUUUAUUCCUCUGGAGGCCAUCAAGCCAAGUCAAGUGUCCCCCGUGACCGUGUUUGACAAAAAUGGCCUCCGCGUUCUGCUGCAUUUUGCCACCAACUAUCCCCCCGGCCGGCCGGAUGUGCUGGUCAUGGUCGCCUCCAUGCUGAACACGUCUCCACAGCCCGUCAGAAACAUUCUUCUACAAGCAGCAGUGCCCAAGAUGAUGAAAGUAAAGCUGCAGUCGCCUUCUGGAACGGAGCUGGCUCCUUUCAGUCCAAUUCUCCCUCCCCCUUCCAUCACUCAGGUCAUUCUGCUCGCCAAUCCUCUGAAGGAAAAGACCCGGAUGAGGUACAAACUCACUUUCACGCUGGAAGAACAGCCGCUCACUGAAGUGGGGGAGGUGAAGGAGUUUCCCCCCGCUGACAGAUGGGGUGCUCUAUAGUCCAGCCCGCCGCUUCUUUCAGACUCUUUUUGCAGUGUCGUUUGUCGCUGUUCAGGAAAGGUCAGAACUUAUAGAACUUUGGUGAACUUUAGAGUUUGACAUGAAGGAAUAAAAUGUACAUUCAGGAUGGAUGAAGGUAAUUUAUAAGAUCUAGCACUGCUGAACUAAUAACAGUUUUCCCCCAUUAUGUUUUUAACUCCUCUUCCUCAGUUCUUCCUGUCAGUUCUGGCACUACUAUCAUAAAUAAAGCAGAAAUUCAAAUGUAGGAGCUUUUGUAUCAAUACCUAAUUCCUAACGGAUGGUAGCAUAAUUUUUUGUCACUAAAGAGAAGCAAACUAAUGCAGACAAAAGUUGCCUGAGGAAGAUGCUCAUGCAUUCACUCAGAAGUCUGUUUCGCUUAGCUGACUAUCUAGGUUUAUAAUACAAUAUACAUCAGUAUCUGUUACGAGAUAGUAAUGUUUUUAUUGUCUCCAUGAUGGCGUGAAUGUAUCAUUUUUUACUUUUUUUUUUUAGUCUUACAUGCUGUUUUAACUUAUAUACUUGUCUUACAGCAGAUUCUUCCUUGUAUUGUCUAACAGAGAAUAUAAAAUUAAAAUUAAAGUAAUUAAAUUUUCCGUUUUAAAGAUAAAAUUAGAAAUAGUUUUUAGGAUAAAAAUUACUUUUUCAAACCGAAAGGCUAUCAUCAGCAAUGUAUUUUGGGCCAGGAGAAAAUGGAGAAGCUGCCAAAAAAAUGUUAAUACCAAACCAUUUUGACUUUUAUUUCAGUUAAGGUUUAGUUUUAUUUUUGACAGGUUGCGAAAAGUUAUUGUUUACUGCUUUUUAAAAAACAUUUUUUUACCAACCACCAAAGCAGGAGAAAGGGGCUGAAAACACUGAGAGUCUACAGUUGAUCUAAAUGCUACGUAAUCAUUUCCGUUUUCAUAUCCUUCAUCUUUUAAGUGAUUCGUCUACAUGUCCAGUGUUUUAUUAUUGAUUAUGUGGGAUUUCAUGAAGACGUUCCUGACAUGAAUCAAAGUUACAUGUGUUACUAAACAACACGUUGCUGGCAAAACUUGACCGUUUUUUGAGUUAUUAGAAUUCUAUCUGUAUUUGGGGAGUGUUUUAAUAUUUUAUGUAAAAUUAUUUAUUUGUAUGAAAUGAUUGGUUUGUGAGAAUAUUUUUGAAAAGCAUUUUUCUGCAUUUAAAAAUAAAGAUGAAUUUAUUUCUAAAUCAGA